AGGUGUUUGGGACAUUAAACAAGGAGCAGCCAUGGAGAAGAGUUACAUGUCCGUGUUCCUGCUGCUCAUUGUGAUCUCCUGUGCUCUGGCAAAGGAUGCAGGCAAGAAGGAGACAAAGGAAACUGCAGCUAAGCCAAAACUGCCUCAGACGCUCUCCAGAGGCUGGGGAGACCAGCUGAUCUGGACACAGACCUACGAGGAAGCCCUUUUCCGUGCUAAGCACAGCAAUAAACCCCUGAUGAUCAUCCAUCACCUGGAAGACUGCCCACACAGCCAAGCCCUCAAGAAGGCCUUUGCCGAACAUAAAGAUAUACAGAAACUGGCUGAAAAAUUCAUUCUCCUGAACCUUGUGUAUGAAACCACAGACAAGAAUCUUGCUCCUGAUGGCCAGUACGUUCCUCGGAUUUUGUUCAUAGAUCCUUCCCUGACUGUGAGAGCAGAUAUUACUGGAAGAUACUCAAAUCGUCUCUAUGCAUAUGAGCCCUCUGACAUUUCAUUGUUGUAUUCAAACAUGCAGAAAGCACAGAAGCUCCUGAAGACUGAGCUGUAAGGGGAAGAAGGAAGCCCUCAAGUACUAUGAUCUUUCAUCUCCUCUCCACUCAUUGAAACUGGUGAAGAGACUACUUAAUGAUAUUUAGUGAUGUGUAGUGCUGGUUUAUAUACAUAAACAUUACAGUUUUACAUUAGCACUUUUGUACUGGACAGCAUUUUUAAAAGCUGGCUUUUAAUUUAAGGCAUACAGAAGAAUACUGUAUGAUCCAACUGUAAAAAUGAUUUUUUUUUAAAUAA